AUGAUUUUCCAGUCAUGCUACAAAGAAACCACACAGAUCAAAUCAUCCAGAGUACAUGGGCAUGGAUACUUGGCUAAGUAUCGAACUCCCAGAGAACUUAUGAAAGAGAACCUUGAAGUACAUGCACGUGCUGAAGCUGCAGCCAAGGAGAAGAGAAUUGCUUAUGAAGUAGAGGUUGAGAAGCUGAAAGAACAGCUUGCGCACGAAGCUGCAGAAAGGGAAAGGGAGAAGGAAGAAAGUAGGAGAAAGAUGCAAGAGGAUCUGGAAAAUGCUAAGAUAGCACUAAAAGAAGAAAUGAAGCAAGAAUUUCUUAAUAUGCUAACGCGGCACAAAGAAGGAACUAUGAAUCAGAGUACCCCGCAAAACAAUGACAACAUACAAAUUGCACCAACCACACAAGAGGACGAUGAGACUGGUGAACAUGCAAAUGAUGACAAUGAAGAUGCGUUACAGCAGACUCAGCCAGGAAGCGUUGUCACCGUACAAAAAGAUGCAGCACCACCUACUACUCGCUCCAGUAAAAAUACUACUAUUGUCACCAGAAAUCUUUUCAAAGAAAAUGCUGCAAAUGUGGCAGCAUCGAAGACAUAUAUCACUCAACAGCAGCCGAUGAAUAGAACAAGAAAUCCUAAAAAGAAGAAGAGUGCACCAAUCCGCAAUUUAUUGAGACAUUGGUCUACAUUUAUGUUUGCUGUCCCUGCAUGCUUAUUAGACACAUCUAAUGCAAGAAUGGUUGCACCUACACCAAAUAUGUAA